GAAGGAACCCUGGAGCGUCUGUUUAGUCCUACAAACCCCACAGGUCUAGGCGCAGUCAGUGCUCUGCGGUGUCAUGCCCCGAGGCCUCCGGGCCGCGCUGGGCUGGGCGCUGUUGCUGCGACUGCUUGCCCUGCUGCAGCUCCCGGCGCUGAGCGAGGCUUGCAGCUGCGCCCCCGCACACCCUCAGCAGCACAUCUGCUACUCUGCACUUGUGAUCCGGGCCAAAGUCAACAGUGAGAAGGUAGUUCCUGCCAGUGCAGACCCUGCUGACACCCAAAAAAUGAUCCGGUAUGAAAUCAAACAGAUAAAGAUGUUUAAAGGGUUUGAGAAAGUCAAGGAUGUCCAGUACAUCUAUACACCUUUGGAUUCCUCCCUCUGUGGUGUGAAACUAGAAGCCAGCAACCAGAAACAGUAUCUCUUGACUGGUCAGGUCCUUAAUGAUGGAAAAGUCUUCGUCCAUCUGUGCAAUUACAUCGAACCCUGGGAGAACCUGUCCUUGUUGCAGAAGGAAAGUCUGAAUCAUCAUUACCAUCUAAACUGUGGCUGUCAAAUCACCACCUGCUAUACAGUGCCCUGCACCAUUUCGGCCCCCAAUGAGUGCCUCUGGACAGACUGGCUAUUGCAGCAGAAGCUCUACGGGUACCAGGCCCAGCACUAUGUCUGCGUGAAACAUGUUGAUGGCACCUGCAGCUGGUACCGGGGCCACCUGCCCCUCAGGAAGGAGUUUAUGGACAUCAUCCAGCCCUAG